AUGAAUUCUGAUGGAUCAGGUACAGUUCUGGGGUUCACUGAUCCUGUCACAGCAAGUGAGACGAGCCUAUUCUCUUUCAAUCCUCUGGUCUACCUCUAUUUCAUGCUGUCAUUCUUGCUGGUACCCUAUCCAAUAUACCGUCUCAUCGCUGCUCGCUACAGAUGGGAAACGAAUUACAAAUCAAUGGCCAGGCAUUGGAGUGAUCUGAUCAAUGGACUUUCGUACGGGACCCUGUUGUUCGUAUUUGGGAACUAUUCAAAGGCCUUUAGCUGGGUCACAGUGGUUGCCUUUUAUCCAGCUCUGUUUGGGUAUGCCCUUAUUGCCGAAUUAUCUUUUACCAAGACUUCCUUACCGAAUAUAAAGAGUUGGCCAUUUGGAAUGUGGGCUGUAUUUAUAACGGCCGUUGUUAUCAUCCUGGCCUUUGCUGCUUUCCACAUCUACUAUGCAACAACCUUAGCAAACCCCUUUGUGGCUUACUAUGUCUGUUCAUUGUUGAUUCCCUUGUUUUUAUUUGCUGUUGGGUUAAUGAUGAUAAAGGAAAACAACCAAAACUGGGUUAGGACCCGAUUGUUCAAAAAGAGUAUCAAGUUAAAUACAAAACCUGAUAUUGAACGAGAUCCUGCUUCACCCGAAUCAGCAGAAGCACAAGCACAAGCAGACGCAGAAGCACAGCAAGCAGCACAAGCAGAGCAAAUUCAAACCUUGAGUCCAUACAGGAACAGAGUUGGUCUACAUCUGCAUCAUUGGCAAAUCUUUUACAUGCUUGCGUUCUUUACUCGAAAGACCAAGACCUAUGUUUAUACAUCCGGUAUCACAAGUCGGAGCGGGUAUCGUACUAGCAUGUUACAUGGAAGGCGUUUGUGCAUGUAA